AUGCAUCUUAUAGCGACUCCUGCUGCCAUCUUGUGUUUGCUGCUCGGCGCACAUGCAAGCCCAUUGGCACAACCCCUUGGUGCACCAACCACUUUUGCCAAUGCGCAAUUGCCAUCGCAAUGGAAACAGGGUGGAACUGUUGCGUCAGACACGUCUAUCAAAAUGUCUAUUGGUCUGAAGCAAGGAGACAUGGCAGGCCUCCAAGCCAAACUCCUCGAUGUCUCCAACCCCAGCAGCCGCAACUACGGCAAGUGGCUGUCCAAGGAUGAGCUUAACAGCUACACCAAGCCUUCUGAGCAAACAUUACAGCUUGUGAAGCAGUGGCUAUUUAGCCAUGGCUUACACGAUGCUGACAUCUCCCAAACAACCCCUGAUUGGAUCGAGCUCACCAUUCCUGUUGGAAAGGCCGAGGAAAUGCUCAAUGCACAGUACUCAUACUUUACCGACAAGAGCGACAAGACGGCCAUUGGCACUCUUAACUACUCGCUCCCCAGCUUGCUUCAUCAACAUAUUGAUGUCAUUCAGCCCACUACGGCCUUCCACUCCACUCAGAACAAGGCACCUAAGGGUGCGCCUUCAACAUUCACAAGCAGCGCCGAUGCCUGCGCCAAUGGCGUCACCGCAGCCUGCAUCACCAGCGCUUACAAUGUUGACUAUGUUGGAAGUGGAAAGAGCAGUCUUGCAGUCACGGGCAUGAUUGGCUUUUCCGCUAGCCACAGUGAUGCCAAAACGUACCUGUCUGAAUACUUCCCCAAGGGCAAGGGAACGGACUUUAAGGACAAGGCUAUUGGCCCCAACGUGCAUCCCAAUGACCCGAGCAACCCCGUUCUGGAGGGCAACCUUGAUACCCAGAUUGCUCUAUCCGUCGGAUACCCGGACCCGGUCACUUAUCUUGCUGUCGGCCCCAACGACAACAACAUGCAGUUUGGUGACGAACUCAUUGCGCUUGGCCAGUAUCUCAACUCUGCUGACCAGCCCCCGCUGUCCAUCUCUUCUUCGUACUUGGGCAAUGAGCCGGAAUUCGACUCAGACUACAAGACGAGAAUCUGCAACGAGUUUAUGAAGGCUGGCUCACGCGGCAUUUCUGUCUUCUUCUGCUCCGGUGACUACGGCGUCAAUGGUCUUGACUACGAAAACUACUGCAGCAACGGAUUCACUCCUGCUUUUCCUGCCUCCUGCCCGUGGGUGACUGCGGUUGGAUCCACGGAAUUUGCCAACGGCGGCGAGAAGUCGGCCGAGUUCUACUACAUCAAGAAUGGAACAAGUGGUGGUGGUUUCUCCUGGUUCUAUGAUGCUCCGAACUACCAGACAAACGACACACAAGCUUACGUCAAGAGCUUAUCUGGAAAGUUCAAGGGACAGUAUGCUCCUGGUGGCCGAGGUAUCCCGGAUGUUUCCCUUGUUGGUAAGAAUUACAAGAUUAUUCUCAACAACCAGCACUACACGGCUGAGGGCACGUCUGCGUCUAGUCCUGCGUGGGCGUCUCUGAUUUCCCAGAUCAACGAUUACCGCCAGAGCAUUGGCAAGUCGUCGCUUGGGUUCAUCAACCCCGCGCUGUACCAAAACAAGGCGGUUCGCGCAGCGCUGCGAGAUGUAACAGCCGGUGCCAACAAGGGUUGUGGAGGUGAUGCGUUCCCAGCAAAGGCUGGUUGGGAUGCUGCUACUGGUCUUGGUUCGAUGGACUUCGCCGCGCUUCGUAAGGCUUUGGGCGCCCUCUAG